UUCAAACACGGUGCGUUUGUAGCCGUCGGAGAAAAUUUUUCAAUUUUUUCGGAAAUUCUUGCUAAUUCUAGAGCCAGAAAGUGCGGAUUACUUGCUACCGAGUGAAAAGGUUCGCGCAAAGUGUACUGGGCAGGAAAUAAGUGCGGAAAGUUGCUGAAAUUCGAGUGAUUUUGGAAUGUUUUUGCAGCUCCUUCCCACGGAGUUGUGUUUGUUUUCAUUUUUCAAGGAAGAGUAAAAAGUGCGUUUCUUGGAUGGUUGCCGCAUUUGUUUGCAGCUUUUAGUUGAUUUUAUUAUAAUUUCCGGUACCGGAGGUCACGAAACUAUUGUGCGAAAUAGUGGAACCGGAUUCCCAGCUGAUUGCGCUAGCAAAUUCGUAUCCGGUUGCUGACCGAGGCAGGAAGUUGACAAUUUGUGCAAUUUUUCCCGCUCCCAGAGUUUCUUCUUUUUCCGUGGCGGUGGCCUUGAAGAAAGGUUUAUAUGCUAGCGUCAAACAAUUCGAUCGUGAUCCAGGGAGUGAUGUGACCGGAAGGGGUUUCGUUUUCGGAUGCGAGGGACGAUGAGUGUGAUUUUAUUGAACCACUAAAAGGAGGAUUAACUGUUCAACUAGCUACAAGUAAAGGAAGGCAAAUAAUAUGUCCAAGACCAAGACAAUUCCGGCGGUGAAGGGCGCAGCCAGACCCUCCGGAGGUUUAACCCAGAUUGUGGGUGAGUUCGAUGUGCCGGGUUUCGAGACGAAGCUUCGGGACCUGAAAGACACCCAGGAUGGGAUCCAGCAGAUGUCGGCCUGGUGUUUGCAGCGAAGAGCGCACCACAAGAAGAUCGUCACCAGUUGGUUGAAUGUGCUGAAGCAAGUGAAAGUAGAACAUCGGCUGACGCUGUUCUACCUGGCCAACGAUGUGAUCCAGUACAGCAAGCGAAAAAACUACGAAUUCGUAGACAGUUGGGGGACGUACCUGCAGAAGGCCACCACCAUGGUUCGCGAUGAGAAAGUCAAAAACAAGAUUCUUCGGAUUUUCAAAAUCUGGGAACAGCGUGAAAUCUACAACGACGAAUUCUUGGCUGACUUGAAUGGUUUACUGAGCGCCACGACAGCUGCUGCGGCUGCCAAGAAGAACGAUUCCUCCGUUUCAGCUUCCACCAAAAGCAUUAGUGAUCGGGCUGGUUCAAGCUCACCCUCGUUGAAGGCGACAUUGGGAGCCCAGAUGCCCACCGGUCCAACAAAGUUGGCGGAAAUCAAACAGGCCACUGCUGUGCUGGACGUGGAAGACUUCCAGACUGGGUCACUCGUCAGCAGCAUCAAGGAAUGUGUGAAAAACGAGAACGAUACCGAUACCACGUUUAAGAGUUUGAAUAAAACUCCGUUGAUUGACGUGGAGCUUGUUAGGAGUUCCAUCAAGGGAAAAGAACGGAAAAAAGUCGAAGAGGUUGAACGGGAAAUUGAGGAAAAUUUUGUCCACUACCAAAGCUACGUGCAUAGUCUGAAAACGGAGAUCAAAUCUCGUAAACUGCUGCUAACGCUACUGGAACAAGCUGAAACGUUCUACCACAGUCAACGGGGGGAGGUUAAAGUCGUGGCCAAUGCUUAUCGAAAUUUCGGUAACAGAUUAAAAAACAUGAAGAAAAAACUGGAUGAACUGACGACAACAUUGCCCAGUCCGAUUCCAUCGCCUGAUAUCAAUGCACCUUCGCCCGAGCCUGAAGACUUAGAUCUGCAGCUACCGGAUGAUCAGGGAUUCUUCAAUGUUAACGGAAUGAUGUCUGGUUAUAUGGAUGGCAAUCUACCUUUCGAUAUAAGCGAUUUCCGAAGGGACUCUCCGACGUCCAGUGCUGUGCAAUCGAUACAAGUGAUAGGCUCCCGGAAGGAGGAAACCGAAGGUGUUGAUACGUUCCUGAAAUCAUUUUUUCGCGAUGCUCCCGAAAGCCAGCAUUUUCCAUCAAUCGGGGCCCCACAGCGAAACAGCAGUGGCUCUCAGGCUUACGUUCCAUCGCAAAGUAGCAGUUCAUCGCUUGAUGAUUACAGCAAUGGUACCGGUGUAGGUGUGACGGCUGCUGCCAAUGGCCCAGAUUACUUGGCUCCGCUGAAUAGCUACGGAGUUUCGUCGAUGAAUGUGGGAUCCUCCGAAUAUGGGAUUCCAACCCUGAACAACAGUCGAGCUAAUAAUCAUCAUUCGAGGGGCUACAGCGGAGGUCCCCCGGCACCGGUUCCACCUGCAGGAGGAGGUUCCCAGUACGGUCAACCAAUGCUCUCGGACUAUUCGGCGGGGCGAGCUCAACCACCGGGUGGCAGCCGAGGUCCACCACUGUUGCCUCCGCCUGGUCCUCCGGUCAACCUCGAUAGAUCUGAUGAGUACAAUUCCACGUGGGAUAUGUCGAUGUCCUGGGAUGGACCGCAUGACACCACCGGUUUUCAAAGUCUCGACACACCGGUUUCUCCUCCUCACUACGAACGGAAAGGCGCCAAUUCGAACAUGAUCGAGUACAUCGAUGGUAGCGUCGUAAACGAAGAUGGUCCUUUGCAGGACGUGGACCACAGGCAACUGCCGGGGGGAAUGAUUUCGUUGCCGUCGGCCUUCAUGAAGGACAAAGGUCGGCUAAUGGAUGUGGAUCAUCGAAAUCUGAUUUCCCUCACUGGUUCUCCUGGUCCUCUGCUGGCAGCAAUGAAAUCCUCCGAUGAACAGGGUUUGGAAGAUGUGGACGCCGAUGAAGAUGAUGAGGAUUCCGAGAUUCUGCUGACCGGUCAGAAGAAAAGCAAAAGUGAUAGUCCUAUGGGAGGUCCGAGCUCAUAUUGGAUUACCAACAGCAGUGGAGAUGUAGAUCUGAGGCAUUCCAAUCUCAGUGUGGUCGCUCCAAUGCCUGUUCCUGCCCCGAAAACUGGUUCCACGACCAGUAGCAGCAGCAAUAGCAUAACGGUUGUUCCCAUCAACAGCUCAACAACGGAACAAUCGGAAUCCAAAGAUCUUGAUAUGCGAAUUCAGUCAAUGCAAAAAACAUUCGACUCACACUUCGGAGGAGAGACGAGUGAGUCUGAAAAAGCCAGCGAUGGAGAAACAGCCAAAAGCCUACAGUCAUUGCAGCUUCCCUCAUCGUUGCUGGAAAUUGAUGAUUUUCUGCAAAAUUUUGAACGAGAGAAUUUCGAGAGGGAAAACUUCGACCUUAGCAAACCGCCUACGCUCUUAAUGAGCAACCAAUCGGAGGUGUCGCUUUCCCCUCCACCGUCUUUGCCAGAAGCCAAUGCAUCCACACCGAUGCGGUCGAAACCGUCGGCGGAAGAAGAAACUCUAGAAAAGAAACCAACCGACAACAAUGAAAGUGUAGAUAUGGAGUUGUCCGACGAAGACGGUGGUAUCCUCCCCGAGCUGCCGGAUGCUGCAUUGUCCGCGAUAGGUAAGCCAAGUGCGUCUCCGUCUACUACUAAUAGCUCGUUGUCCUCGUCGACGGCAGCGGAAAUGGUGGUGGCAAAUACUAAAAAACUUCAUUCAUUAGCACCUAGCAACAGCCCUACUAUGCAAGGGCACCAAAAAAUUGGUGUCCACACUAGUUGUUUAGAUCGUCAGAAUACGAAUGAUUCUCUUUCAGCGGGUGGCCCAGCAGAAUUGAUCGAAGAGCAAGAUUCAACCGAGCCUUACGAACCAUUCGAGGGGGAAGAAAUCGACGAUGAGCCAAUUCGAACAAACCUGCAUUCGGAAGUUCCAGAAGUGAUGCAGCGAGCUAUUUCACCUCUGCGGCCCCCUCUUCUUCCGGAUCCGGAUUUUGCUCCGUUCUUGUUUCCUCCGCAACCACCACAGCAUCAACAGCAACAGCAACAACAGUCACAACAAAUGUCACCCAUGCAACAGCAACAACAGAAACCUUGGGAAAUGCCACCACAUCAGCCGCCAAACAACAACUUUUCAGGUUUAACAAACCUGAUGGAUCUCGCCCCCUUUGGAGAGUUCCCAAAUGUUGCCCCAGGGAUGAACAAUUUCAAUCACCAAGGCACACCGACGGCAAUCCCUCCGCCGAUGCCACCCAUCUGGAAUGGGCCACAGCAGCAGCAACAACAGCAACAUCACCACCAGUUUGGGUCCCCGAAUCGGGCGCCCUUCGGUGGCGGCGGAAUGCCUCAAGGUGGUCCGCCAUUUAAUAACAACUUUCGACAACAGAACAACUCUUGGGGGCCAAAUCGUGGUGGCAUGGGCGGUGGUGGUCCACGGCAUGGUUCGCCUGGAGCGCCAUAUUUCCGUGGAGGCCGCGGUGGAGGUCGCGGUAAUUUCCGUGGCGGAAACAACAAAUUUCGAGGAGGCGGCGGUGGUGACAACUAUCACAAUAACAAUAGGGGAGCCCAAUGGUUAGACAAGUUCUUAGCAAGUGGAGGAAACGUUCUUGACCUGAUCAAUAGAUGUUCCGAUUGAUGGGAGUCGUGGAGAGAUCAGUACUACCCGGAAAUGCUCGGUGGAGCAAAGACGAGCUGUUGAAGUAAUAGUGAAGCAUACGAACGAGUGAACUUAUUUAGUUGUAUUCUUUUGAUCUGAGGAAUGUAUUGCAAAACUCACAAAACAAUAACAUUGAAGGUAAUGUUUGUCUAGUUAAGAAACGUCUUCUGCAAAUAAAAAAGAAACAGAAAGCGACGUGUGUAAAUAGAAACUGAACUCUUAAACCCUUGUCGCUGGACUAUCCUUAGAGUUGUUUCAGACCAACAACACAAAAUCAUGUAUUUUAACGAUAACUACAUGACGCCCUAGUUCAUAGUUCACCUCAAAAGAUGUAAGAAAUUAGAUUUUCACAAACGAGAUAUGAUGCUAUCUCUUGGAGCAGUAAAACUAACCGAGUGUAGAUUAUGUCCAGUUAACUGUAGGUCACACUAUCAUAAAAAAAUGAUAAAACAAAAUAGAAACAAUUUUGAAAUUAUAAACAAAAUUGAGUUGAAACACUAGAAGUAGAAUGAAAUAAAUUUCCCGACAGGUUAAAUAUUCCCCAUUGUUGCAGGUACCCAAGCUUUGUUUCGAAGAGUAUUGUUCUUCGCAGUAGUCUCUUAAGCAAUCACUUUCAGUUUAUUCUUCUUAGCUGUAAUAAGGCCAAUUGCCUGGUGUAAAUUCUACAAUAAUACUUGAUUUAUUUUUGUGAAAUAAACUAGCUGUGCUUCAA